AUGUCCAUCUCACUUCCAAACGGCACAAUACUAGCCGCACCCUCAUCUUCGACAGUACAGCUUUCAGCAGCUGUCACCAGGAUCUUACACCUAGCUAAUUUCUCAGCAGACCUGAAAACUCGGGAUCUCCAAAACAUGUUUAAAGAUUGGGAGACUGAAAAAGGCGGAUUCAGGAUCAAGUGGUUAGAUGAUGUUAAUGCUUUGGUAGUAUUUGCAGAUGCUUCGAUUGCCAAACGAGCAUACCUCUCACUACUUCUUCAUCCUCCACCCCAAUUUUCAGGAUUGAUCCGACCAUACGAUCGACCUGAUGCAGCUCAAAUUAUUCAAUCAUUAGCAGCUAGAUCUAUAGGUCAUCGAUCUACCGCAUCGGGUAUCAAUGGAGUUGGAGGUGUAGGUGGUGGUGCAGGAUCAAUUUCAACAUUCCCUUUCCCAAGCAAUAACGAUCCUGCCACACCACAAGUCCAUUCAAGAGCUAUGAGCGUUACCAAUCCCCUCAAUAAAUCAGGUUCGAUCUCAAUCAGUCAUAAUCAUAAUUCCAGUGGAAGUAUCUCUGGUAAUCACGGUCAAGGACAUGUGAGAGGCGUCACAGCUCCUCAACGCAUCAACAAUAAUGGAAAUGGAUCAAUCUCAUUUGGACAUUCAGGUUCAGGAUCAAAUUCAGGUUCAAUAUCAAAUACGAUAGGAGGAGGUCAUCAUAGAACGUCUUCGGCUUCCUCUUCAUGGAAUAAUCGUGGAAUAGGAGGUGGAAUAGGCGGCGGUGCUUUGAAUUUCUCUUCAGCACCUAAAUUAGCUACUCAUACUGAGACUACAAUGUUAUCAAGAUCAACAAGUGAAUCAGACGGUGAACCCAACGUCGUUAUCCUGGACCCUUCUGCAACUCAAGGCAUGAAAACCUCGAAUAAUGCAUCUCAUGGACACGGACAUGGACAUGGACAUGGUCAAAGAAUUAGAAGAGAAAGCGUCAGUGCUGAAAAGGCAUUGAGAGAAGUUGAGAAAGCUUUAGCGUCAGUCGAAGCUCAAGGUUAA